AUGGAACCUGUGUUCUGCCGCGCGUGGCCGCUGCCGUACGCGCUGCGGCCGCAAGUCGACGCCGAGCUGGAUGGCAUGCUGCGCGCCAACGUCAUCGAGCCCGUCGACACCUCCGACUGGGCUACGCCGUUGGUAAUUGUUCAUAAUCCUGAUGCAUCGUACAUCACACCGUGCAGGGCGGAGGAUGAAGCGUGCAUGACAUCGAGCGCGCAAGCGGUUUUACCGCAUAUCGUUGCUGGAAUACCAGAAUGGGGUAUGCCACAAGCUGACCCGUUCGUCAUCAAAGAUAUACGUUCUGAAGUCAACAAUCUUAAGCUACAUUUCACAGAUAAUAACAUAGCCGGUCCCGGAAAAGCGAAAAUCUUGAAAGUCACGCACGAUACAAGCAAGCAAACAAUUAAAGUAGUUAUUGAAACCCCUAUCUUUAUAACUGGUCACUACGAUCUUCAAGGGCAGUUACUUUUUUUCAAUGCAGUUGGAAAUGGAACCUACACACUAAAAACUGAUAACAUAGUGUUUAAGGUCGACUUAAUAUACAAAGUUAUCGAGAAAGAUGGCCAUAAAUACUUGAAGAUCACAGGAUUUGAGUACUCGUAUGAUUUAGUAAAAAAGGUACAUAUGAAGCUUGAUAAUCUCUUUGGAGGUAACGAGGAAGCCGCUAAGCCCAUUCUGCAACUGCUUGAUGAAAAUUGGAAGGACGUCAUCUUUGAGCUCGGUGGCCCCAUCAUUAAGCAACUCCUCACCGAAUACGUCAAUAUCGUUAAGAAAUACAUGUUGUUCAUACCAGCAGAUAAGCUAGUAGUUUAUUAAAACUACAUAAUUGACAUGAAGACCAUACAGUAAAUCAUUUGAAACGAAA